CCAUGGUCACACCGAUGGGGUCAUUCAAUUAUCGGUAAGUUUAACACAUGGAGGACGGUUUGCCCUCAGUACCAGUCGGCGGUGUCGGCUCGAGAUUCAUAUCUCAAAACGACCUAGAAGAGGCAAAGGCACGCAGAGAAGAUCAGUGGAAAGCAGCAUAUGCCAGGCUGGGACAGGUGCCUCCGCCGCAGCCUGUGGAAGAUUCUUUCGAUGGUCGAAGUUUAGCAGAGAAAUUAGCUGCGAACAGGGCCGCGAAACAGGAAGAAUGGGAGGAGAAGACGAAGUUAGCGAAUCAAUUUCGAGCACUGGAAGAGGACGAGAUCAUGUUUCUAGAUUCUAUCAGAGAAAAGCAGGCCGAAGAAGAACGCCUCCGGAAAGCACAGGACGGCGAGGAGCUUUCAGACUUCAGAAAAGCUGUUGCAGCUAGGGAAAACGACCUCAACAAGCCUACGCAACCUGUGGCACAACCACGAAAACAGAGUGAUGAUACUCCGGAGAAGCCUAAAGCUCCCGUCGUGGUAUCCAAGAAAGAUGUCAAGAAAUCAUUGAAGGGUGUUGUAGUGAAGAAAAGACCGAAAUCUAAUGUUCCAACACCUAGCGAAUCAAAGGCAAAGGAUUCUAUUAAGAACGUCGAUAAGGAUGUACCACCGGCCACAAAACGUCGCAAGAUAUCCGGAUCAUGACAUUCAUCAUAUUUCCAUCUUCCGACUUUCCUGUAGUUGUCCUUCCGGAUUUGUUCACUGUAGUAGUAUCAUCUAAUUCGAGAA